AUGGCUCCGAAUGCAGACUUAACAGCACAGUCCCCGCUGGCGCGCAUGCCCAAGCUGAAGUACAGAAAUCCGCUUCCGUCCGACAGCCUUUCCAUCGCCGACUCUGCUUCCCAGGACUCUGGGCCCGACUCUGCUUAUAGUCAAGAGCCGCCCGCGACCCCGGAUCCAAACGCUCCUUCGAACAUCUCCCGCCCGUCCUUCGACACUACCUCCCUGACGUCAUCCAGUCUGGCUUCCAUAUCCUCCAGCAACUCUUCGUCAAAUGGCUCAAAGUCAUCGAAAAAGAAGAAAAAGGGCUCCGUGCUCGGUUUCCUUUCUCUAAAGGAACCAUCCCAAGUCGCUUUGGAGCAGUUCAAGGAACAGCAGCGCAAGCAGAAUCUCAACUCCGGAACCUCUACGCCGCAGUCAAGAGCCAGCAGCAACUAUGUCGGCCAAAAACUUCCAAAUUCUGUCCCCAAGGUCAAUUCAAAAUGGGACGGUGUUCCUGAAUCCGUCAAACACCGGUACUCAACAACAAGCGCAUACAGCAAGGACAACAGAAUCAGCGUAUCGUCCAAGGGCUCCUUUGGCUCGCCUCUCAAGAACGCCCCCUGGAACGAGUCGAGAUUCUCUGUCAUGACAGAUGGCACCCGUAACCCACCCAACUCAGUCGCAUCUGCCUCCAUAUCAAACCUUACUAUCCGAGAUGGAGCUUCUGGCCUCGGAUCCUCGCCAUCAACUACCACGCUCCCGGAGAUGUCCUACUAUUUCCCAGACGACCCCGCUGCGUCUGGCGCGUUACCCCCCAGGUCCGAGAGCGCUGGCGCGUCCUACGAUUCUACCAUGCAGUCACCAGUUCGGCUCUCGAACUCCACUUCGAGCGAUCGUCCAAGCAUAGACGGAUCAGUAGACUCACGACCACAUUCCCCAGCCUCUUCGACGACAUCCGCAGAUACGAUCGUCAUGGACACUGCAGAUACUAUCUUCCGAAAAUUGAACGACCGGCCCAACCAAGGAGCAUGGGGAACGGAUGCUCAUGCUGUUCAGGCGCCUGCUGAGAACAAUUUUGGCGAUGUGCCCGACUCACAUGACUUCCUCUUUCAACCCCAACCUGUUGUAGAGCGCCGACAAAGCGAACCGCUCGCCAUCUACGAGUCGCCCUUGGAUGCAUCGUCUAUCCCACAUUAUGCCCCUCAGCGACCGGUCCAGAACUUCAGUCGGCCAAUGGCAACGAAGGGCCCACCGCCAGUUCAGCGGUCUGCACACAUGCCGCACUAUAGGAGGACACCAUCAGCUCCAGCGCUACCAACUUUAUACGAAGCGUCGCUAGCCAGCACUGAUGAUCUUCGAGAGGAUCGCGAUGACGACGACGAUGACGAUUCGUAUUCCAUUGCUCCAUCUACUAUUGCGCCAUCCGAGCUCUCCAAGCAUUGGUAUGAGUCUCCACGUGAACGUUUAGGUCUUGGUAGGCGACUUCAGAUCAAUGACGUUUCACCAUGGGAGGAGCAGCGAGGGGCAGCAGGUAAGCCCAAGAAAAGUCGGUUGUCAAUGUUUGGGAAGGCGGUGUCGAGAGGAUAG